AAAAAACAACCCCACUCGAGUCAGCAAACACCCAUGAGUAGUUGUAAUGCAAAGAGGGACACGAAUGUAUGAGCUCAGUCCGUAGGAAACAAGGUAACAGCAAAUUGUCAAGAUACCACCGAUCACUACGGAAAGCGCGUUUGCUGGCGGUGAGUGUAACGGUCGUUUUUUUGUAAAUUAAUACGAUAUUGCACCGUCGAAUGCGCCGCUGUCGGUGGGAGUUAGGCAUCGACUGUGCGGGCGGCUUGGACAUGCCCGGGCAGAGGCGGUGGUAGUGGUUGCGGACUCGCUAAAGUGUUUGCAUCCUCCAAAGAGUUGCAUUUACAUUUAUAGGCCUAUUCAUAUCCUGUUGUGCGUAUAAGCGGUACUUUGUGUGUUGUUUUUACUCGUGUCGGCGGAAGAAGUGAAGAAAUGACGACGUUGCUGUUCUGUUCAUCACCUCGCGCGCGUGGAUUCUCAACGUCCCGGCUGAUGCUGUCCGGUGUUUGAGUGGAAACCGUGGAUCUGUACCGUUAGUUAUCAGUUAUUAACCACCAAUAUAAUUAACAGAAGUAGGUUUACACACAAACUUGUUACAUACUCCAAAAACACUUGUUUUUUUUUUUCUCGGAAGUGUUGUUAUUAGGCUAAAAUGUGUCUUGCGUGGGAAAAUGUAUCCGCUCUAAUUUCAGAGGUGUUCGUGUUGGAGAGGAAUUGUCCGGUGAAGUUUGGAGAAAGUAAACGGUGGAUUAAGGUGGAAUUGCGAGUAACAUUGUUAUGAAACUGCCCUAGUUUUUUUUUUUUUUUUUUUUUUUUUUUUUUAGUGCUGCUAGUGUUCUUGCUGCUGUCACGAGAAUAAAAAUGCCAGGAGCAACGCUGAAUCUUCACCUACUUUUUAGCGAGAAAAACAGCGUCUUGUUAUGAAACUCCUGAGUUUAAAUUCACAACUUGGGUUGUGGUGUAAUAUUUGCUGACAAACGUGUCAGCGUCACAUCUUCUUGCCUGAGAGAUGCUCCGGCUGUCUGUGUGUGGACGAUGUCCUCAGUGAUGAGCGGUUGGAUCUUGCGAGUGUACGCUCUGAGCUGCCCCCGGCGAUGAGCUCCUGAAGCGGGUGAAGACGGGUGCAUGACAUGCCCGGUGGUCCUCCGGAGCUUUUAUAAAACGAGCCGGGACAACUCAAUGAAAGUCUCGUGUUUAUGUUUGUGCAGUGAUACUAGUUUUGUGAAUUAGUGACAACUUCCACCAGUGAAAAAGUCACAUUAAACGUACGGAAUCAAGACAUUUGAGUGGCCUGCUGCGAGUGUCUUUUCCGAUGACAAGUUAAUGUCGUAACCAGAGCUUGUAACGUGGGUACAGAUACCGACAGGAGAUUUAUUCCUCGUGACAAUGACACGAAGGCAGUAGGUGAAAUAGCUGCAGAGCUCACCUUGUGUGCACCCCCCACCCAAGCAUGGAGCAGAGCCCGGUGCGCAGAUGGUGCAGCAGAGGGAGCCACUCUCUGCUGCUGCUUUGAGCCUCUGACCAGCACCGUGCUGGAUGCCAGGCCUCCCUGCUGCCCCAGGCAGUGUGUAUCAGCGAGUGUGUGCAUGUGUGAGUGUGAGUGUGUAUGCGUGUGCCUGUGUGUGGUGUCUUUCUGUGUGUCUCCCCUGUCUAUGUUUGUUUUUUAUGUGUCUGACACUAUGGUAAUCUUGCCAGUCCACUGUUGGCUGCCAGGGAAAUUCAAGACAGGGCACACACAUUGCCACUGACACACAACACAAGUGUACAUUUGAUCAUAGUCAAACCUGUAUUGUUGCAGGGAGCGCUUGCAUGGCAUUAAUUGAUAUUCUACUUGCCUUGAGGAUAAGUUAACACAGAUAAGGGCUAUUUUGCACAACUAAUUAGGGUAUUGGCCCUGGGUAUAGAGGCGGCCAGCUCUUUUGUGGGUCAGUAGUAUGUUUUUGUUUCCCUCAGAAAAACAGUAUGUCAAAUCCACAGACAUACAUUGAACAUGGAAAGUGUGACCUCGCAAGACAGUCUGUAGUUUUCCAGUUGUUCAAAUUGCAGUGUCUUUCCUUUGAGUCUCAUGAUAUGACAUCAUGCGCAGGGACACUUUCAUAAAGAGAUGAGCAAAUGGGGCUGCAUCACUCAGUAAACAAAAUACUAGAAGAUCCAGUUUCAUCUUUUGCAUUUGCCAGUCAACCCAGCCCAUUUGUCUCCACUCGCGCUAGAAAAAGGAAAAAGACAGGCACUCUCAACAAAGGAUGAAACAGUAGUGCUGAUCGUGGCACGUGGCCAACGAGGAAGAGUGGAAGUGUUUACCAGAGGAUGGAGUGAAACUUGUUAUCUCACUCCUGAUACAACCGUAGCACAUGACAGUCUGCCUACAAGUUGAGUUUCACUAAAGGUUCACUCACACACCGCCCGCUACUGUGAAUGUGCGGACUGCUAGUGUAAACAGGCAGCUAUCCAGCGAUCGAGCGGCUGAGAGAGUGAGAGGGAAUAAUAAGCAUAAGUGUUAAUAUUGAGCUGCAGAAUGGUGCUGGAGGAAGCUAAUCCCUUGACCGUGUUCUCCUCUGUGGUACGCUUUUACAGAUUAAGGUGGUUGUGAGGGAAAAAUGUCUUUCUCAGUGGAUUUAAAUUGGCACAUAAUCAGAAACAGCUUGGCAAAAUCUGCUGCUGGAGGAUGGCAAAUCUGGUGUAGCAUUUUUAGCCGCCCACGGGGUCACCCCUACACAGGGUGUUUCCAUACGUUUGGCUCCUGUUGCUGCUCAUCACUGUAUUAUAAGAGAUAAUCGGUUAAGCUACAGCUGGUCUCAUUGUGUUUUCGUAACCUUUCCUUAGAUAGAGAACAACAUUGGCUGAUCCAUCUUUGCUUGUUUGUUUUCAGUGUUACCUCACGCUACAUUUGCAUCUUAUCGGGCAUUAUAAUGAUUUGCUUACACUCAACGUAGAUGAUACUUGCGUUUCUCCAUCUGCUUGAGGGCAAAGUUUCUAAUGAUUACAGAAUGAUAUUUGUCUUGUUUUGCUUGCCCUUCAAUCAAAUUACGCCUCAGUCACCUGCCAGAUCAUAAACCUGUCGAUAUGAGAGUUUUAUUUCACUGUCAUUAGACCUAAGUUUCCACCUUGUACCCCCUUCCUCUCUGCAGGGAGUUUACCGCUGAGGCGUCGGAUGGAUGAUGAGGAGGAGGACAUGUCACGGCCCAUCUCGCAGCUCUGGGGAACGCCCUUCAAGGACGUCAAGUACGAAGACCAAGCCACACAGAUCACGACUGGACGGGCUCUCGCUGCCAUCACCGCGGCCGCCGUCGUUCCCACGUCGCAGAACCACAGCAACAACGGCAACGGCAUCGGCAUCGACGCACUGCCUUGCAGCUUGCACAGGCAGCCUCACUUACCCUUUCACGGUAAGGAGGGGCGAGAUGAUAAUACUGUGAGCCUUCUUAUGGUUUUAGACACAGAGUGUUUACAGCUCUGCAUGUUGUAGAUUAUUCGUCAUUCCUUUUAUCUGGGAGGUAAUUGUCCUCAAAGACCCAAGUGAUUAAACCUGUCAAUCGGAUUUGACAAGUGUUAGAUAAGAUGAGAGCGGACUAAUUUGUUUUUCUUCAGCUAUUUAACAGAGCGAUUCCCAUUUUCAUUUGUCACACAAGCUUAGAAAUUAAUUUUCCUUGCAACUGGGAGAUCCCCUUGUCUUAUCAAUCACAUAAAGAGAACUCGAAAAGCAUGCGGUUCUUUUUUCACAAAACUUUCUCUGUCUAACAUGUCAAUUAGUAUGUAUCGUGCGCUCUAAAAAUACACUUUUAACCUAAAUCAGAUAAAUCAUGGCCACAUUCUAACAUAUUUCUCAUUCACUGCUUUCAAACGGCUUUUCUUGAACUAAUCAAAACAAACAACGCAAAUUUAAGCCCACAUAAAGGCACAUACCAAAACUAAUAUGCUCAACAGUUUUAAUCCAAUACAGAUGCCCUAUUUCUAAUCAGAUCAUUGUGACAUCACUCUAAUUGAAUUGAAGGAAAGUCGAAGUAGAUUGUUGUGCGUUUGUUGACUCACUGUCAGCAUGUCAGAGGUACACAUUGUCCUCCGUUUUAAGGCAUCAAUCCUUGCACAGUUAUUGUGCUUCAUAGUAAUCUAACCAGUAAUGGAUGUCAUGCACUUGGCCGCGGUCCAGGGAUGCUCUCUUUCUUGGAGGUAUCAUGGGCUUCUGUUUGGCAGAAUAGCAGCAUUCUGCAAACAUGAUAACAUAACAAAAUGUUUUCCCUCCCAAAAGCAUGACGGCAGGAGUUAUGCUGAAGGCAACGAGUAAACUCAGUGACACACACGGGCUUUAAAAAAGAAAAACACCGCACUUCACUGAUGCUAUUGUUAAAUUAAAAAAGGUGUUUGAGUUCAUCCGCUUCCAACACUCUCUCUUUCUUGUUUGUGGUCUCUUCAGUUUGACUUUGAGUGCCUAUUAUUUUCUGAGAAGAUCUAAAAAACGUGUUUGUGUUUCAGAAAAUAGUCAGUGUCAGGUGAAAUUCAAACAUUCAAACUCAAGAAGUGGUAUCAGUAAUGUCUCAGAGAAUCAAAUUCAUCCUGGUGGUGUUUCAGAGUUUCACGUCAACACAAGUUUUUAGAAGCUUGAUGUUUUGCUUUUAGGCAACGCUGGAUUACGCUCACAUUUCCCUGCUCAGUUUGAGCCCAUGGAGGACCGGGGAGAUAGACAGAUCGAAGAAGAAGAGGAAGAGGACAGAGGGGAGGAGGAUGACAGGAUGGCAGAGGGGCCAGAAGAGCAGGCGGGGAUGAGUGUCGAAGCGCAAAUCGGUCGCAAACUGCGGGAGAUUGGAGACAAGUUCCACCAGGAUCACGUUGAACUGGUAAGCUUCAAUCCUAAGCAGUGAAGUGGAUUUUAAAAAGAACUUCCACUUCAAACAAGUAGCCUGCAUUUGGGUUAAAGCAGAGAGUGUGAAACUGUAAAACAGAAAAUACACACAAAGAUUUACAUUUCAAGGAGGAAGAAACAAAAAAAAGUUAAUCUUAAGGAAAUCUUAUUACUGAGACACAAACUGAAACAAUCUUCAUUUGGCCUGGCCAGACAAAAUGUUCAUGUUUCUUGUGGGCUGUUAAUGGAUGUCAUCUUUUGCUUAAUUAGAAACACAACAUAAAGAUGCCCUUCAAUGCCAACUUAUGGCUCACUCUUGGGGAGAAAGAAACUAAACACUUGAUAAAAAUAACCUAAGCAGGAAAUCAACCACUUUCUUGGCCAAACUAAAGGAAAAUUCUGAAGCCAUAAAAAGGCACUAUUUAGCAACAUUACAAUCCAAACAAAACCCAUAAAACUACAUCACUGUAACUGGCUUCCAGCAGUGGAUUGGACCACUUUCUUACUUUGUCCUGUGUUCAGUUUUGUACUCUUAACCACUGCAGCAGCACACUAGUCAGAGCAGAGGGCUUUAGACCAAGAACGUGUCUAGCUUUUGUUUGGUGUCUGUCUUCUACUUUUUAAUAUUCCUCAUCUGACUAAUGUAGACUGAAAAAAGCACAGACCAAUUCAGAACUCACAACAAAAUUACAGUUUGCAGGGAAAAAAACAAUAUUAUAAAUUAGUGUAGUAAGUUUCUAAAUGCUCGAAUCCCCUUUGUUCUGCAGUUUGUUUGGUGUCACACUCAGGGGGUUACUUGUAUCAGUGUUUAUAAAGCAGUUACCGGUGAGAGUUCACAGAAGUCACAUGACCAUGAAGUUAGUUAAUGAGUACAGAAUAUACUGGGAGGACUGCCAUGGCGCUUAUCUGCAGCUUGCUGUCUGUCUGUUUUGGCAUGUGGGGGAUCUUUGUUAAGAACAAGGUGCGGUUGAUAAGUUUUGGAAAGCAUUGAGAAAAAGACCAAACAAAGAUGAGUGAAGUGCGAGAAAUAAAUAAGUGAGGUGAUAUACGCUGACAGAUUUUGACAAACUCUAUAAAGAUUGAGACAGAGCAGGUGAGACCGGCGCGUCUGUCGCGAGCAGGAGCGAGCUCUGCGUCUGUGUCUGGGUAGACUUGGCCGUCUGUUUAUACGCGCUUCUAAAAAUAGAAUCUGACUCACGGCUACCCACAAUACCUCAGUUGUCCCGCUGACUGGCUGAGUGUGUGCGUCUGUGUGUGUGUUUUGGGUUUUGUGUGUAACUCUGUGACACAGAGAUAAGAGAGAGACUUUUUUUUUUUUCUAACUUUUUUUUGUCUGCCGUCUGCGCUGGAGUUGGUUUUAUCCUGCUGGAUCUGAUACUGCUGCUGCUGUAGGAAUACACCAAAGGGAGAGAAAGCACAAGUGGUCCUUUAUGAUAUCCAAUCGCUUCUCCGUAUUGUGUCUGCUGCUAUUGUUAGAGUUUUUUCACUCGCCUCUCCAAGCAGAAGUGAGUGAGUGUGGGCUUAGGUGUGGGUUUUUGUUUGUGUGGAGUAGAUAGUGUUUGCAGUUUGAGUGUUAUCCAUGAGUAUGGAUGACUUUUGUGGCAGAUAAAUGACAAUAGAUUAGUCAGAGUUUAUUGGGAUUUACUCAGCAGUAUUGAUCUUUCCUUUUUGCAAGCUAUCUUGGUAAUAAAGUAAAUAAAACUUUUCAAGACAGAACGACUCAAACAACAGCUUUUUGGUCCUAAUCCUAUUUUGCUGCAAUAAAAUCGAAGAAGUGGGAUAAACACACAUAAAACCUUCACCUACUUUAAAUGACAGAUGUUUUUACUUUAUACUUUGUUUCCCCGCCUCUGCUUCACCCUACCCCUAAUAAAUUCAGAGAGUCAAUCCAAGCUGACAUUUGCAUUAUCCUAAACAGGCCAAAAAACACACAAUCCUCCACCAUCCAGGCAGAAAGAUGAGCCUCAUGUGGAACAAACCAGGGUACUGUUUAAGUAAGCUCAGCAGCAUAGAAUUAAAGCAAUUAAGGACAAUUAGGGUUACAUUUAGCGGUGCUGGUUCAGUUCAGUUCAGUCUGCUUGUUCUGCAUUAAAUAGCCUGUGGCGGGCUCUGAUUGCUGGGCUGGUAAGGAGCACAGUGGAGGGGUGCAGGGAGAGAGAAAGAGAGAUCGUUACAAGUAUGCUUAUGCAACAGGCUGAAAUUCAGAGUGUUCAGAGACAGCCGAGGGGGGGGAGCUAUACGGGAUCAGAGAUGAGGAGCAGGGGGAGAGAGGAGAUCGCAGGCUGCAGCAAGAACUCCUUCAUCUGUCUGAAGUCAACAAGGGGCCGAGCAGCUCAACAGAACAUGACAGGAGCGGGGAAGGCAGCUUCAUAGGAGGGAGCAGUUUCGGUUUCCUCGGCUUUGUUUUGAUAAUUAUUGAGCUGACUUUGCUGUUACAGAAGUGCUGUGAUGAAACAGGCAGCAUGGUCUUUGAAAAUAAACCUGUACUGAAGUCAGUGAGGCAAUACUUUACAAAAACGAAAGCUGAAAUCUGAAAGAGGGGGAUUGAGUGAAAUUUGAGGUUAGAAUUUUAGAUCCUGUGAUCAAUUAUUUUAUUAGAAGCUCUUAGAAGCCCAAAGCCUUCUAACUGUGAAGCCAAGUUAAUGGAAAUCAUUCAUAAAUAUUACCAUGAAAGUUUCUGUAAACUUUCCUAGACUUUUUCCGAGUCUCAUCUUGGUAUCAUUGAUGCAGUUUCAAAGUUAAUCUCAAGUGUAGAAUUAGAUCAUGAUGCCACUGUGGUUAGAAGAAAAUGUCUUUUUUUUUAUCCCAUGGUGUUUUGUCCCUUUUGGCACACUGUAAUUUAAGCGCUGCAGCAUCUUCUUCCUCCCUGUUGCUGCCCUGACAGUGGCACACUUAAACAUGCCAUUAAAAUGUAAUGAAUUGGGACAUACUAUUCAGCUAAUUAUAAAAAUUUCAAAACUGUUUGACAGCCCUAUCAAUAGUUUUUCUUUCUGACUGGAAAUGAGAGUUCCUCUGUAAAAUAUUGUGUAUUUACGUCUGACAGGAUGUGCAUAUGACACGCAUGUUUGCUAGACACAAGCUAAUGUUGUGGAAACAUCCAGUCGACCGGGUCACAUGGUUUCAGCUCACAGAGGUUACCACAGUUCACAAAGACGACCUGUUAUUAUGAAAUCUUCAGGCUCAUUUUCAUGAUGAUAUAACAGUGCGUCAUGCAGAUAAACUAAUCUCUACUUUUGUUUUUUUUCUUUUUUUUCUGUCUGCAGUUUAUGAGGCACCAGAGACAAAACCUGCCGGUCUGGAUGCGCCUUACCAUGGCCCUGUUUGGCUUUCUGUUUCAAAGAGAGGCCCUCUUCCCUCGCCUGAGAGGAGCGCAGAGAUGAAGGGACUUUGAGCUGGCACAUGCCUCAGCCCCUUGUCUCCCUCCUCACCCCUCCCCUAAAGGGGACAAGGGACCAGACUUUAGGAGAUGGCACUGUAAGAUGGAACACGGGUUCGGAUUUUGUUUUCUAAUUAAAGAUGAGAUGAAGAAAACACUGGUCACCGCUGGACGGAGACUGAUUACACUUUUUUUUGUUACUUUUUUUUCUUUGUUUUGUUUUUGUCUUUCCAAGAAGGAGCCAUUGUGUUUGAAGAGAUAUUUUCGAAAUAUUUGCAAGAUUACCUAUUUUGUACAGUAAACUACUCUUUUUAUUUGGUAUUUCAAGUCUUGAAGGACCUCCAUCAGUCCAGGGAAUGCCUUAUUCUCUCCUGCCACAGUACGACAGCCCUUUUUUGCAUCAAGGAAACCAUGAAGAAAGAGAUCCAUUUUUGAGAUUUGGCCACUUUUUUGGCGACUAACUGUGGACGUGGACAUUUCUGUGCUGAAGUUACUGACUUCAAACCUUGACUUGAGGCACAUUUCUAAUUUAUUCUCUGAAAAAAAGCCCCUGUUCUUUCCUUUACUCUUCCACACUGGCUUUAUAAAGAAUGGUUGUCAUAUGAUGCACGCUGGUGUGGCGCCAUGUUUUCACCAGCUUCCACUAUAAACGUAGGGACAUUUCCUCAUCCAAUGUCAUCCAUCACUAUCCUCACCUCCAGUACCAUUCAUGCUGUUCAAGUGGCAUAAAGUCCCACUGUGUAGAUCAGACCCUGUUGAGUUGAAGAAUUGACACAUGCAUACUUGAAUUUAGAGAUAGUUGAGUCACUUCAAGAUUGUAAUUGUGAUUUCUCUUUCGAUAUGUGAUCCUGUGUUUGUAGGAGAGCGUGCUUACUGUUUCCCAAAUCUGCAGUAAUACUGAAACCAAAUAAGCACAAAGACAAACAAAUCUCCUCUGUGGGAUGAAUAUCAGGGAACUACAAAACAAUCAGACAGCUGGAAAUCUUUGGAUGAAUUUGAUCUUUUUCCAAAGCUUUUCAGGGGUUUCUUUCUCUGGCUGGAUUGACAAUCUUUGCCCUUUUGUUGCAGGGUGAACCGCCUGCACGAUGACAGCAUUUUUCAAGGGUGAGCAAUAUUCAAGCCAGUAAGAAAGAAGGAAGUAAUGUCUUAGGGAUUUGUUGCACUUGCAAUCAAACUGACAUCCAUAGAUGGACAUUUCCCCAAAUACAGCUGCGUUCUCAAUGAAAUACACCUCUCUAUGAGUCUUUUUGUUAAAGCCACAGAGAUGCAUUUGUAGUUGAUUUCGCUCCAGGUUUUUAACGUAUCUCAAACAUUGCUUCAAACCUUUUGUGCUGAUACAUCUUUGUAUCACCUCAAACUUUCAUUCAAGUGCUUUCUUUCACCAAACUGCCAGUGGUACAUUCUGCUUCACUGUAUGAAAAAGCUUCUGUACAGUUUUUACUACUCACACAGACACACUUAGGUAAAGGAGAAAGUUUAUACAUCCUAGCUACGUGCUACGUUAGCAUUCUGCAGCAACACAGCCACUGUUUCUAAAUGUAAGGACAAAGUCUCUUUUGGACUUUAAAUAAGAUGUUAAAAAUUCCUCAUUUGAUGUAUUUUUUCAGUCUGUAGUAGAUUCAUGAUAUGAACUUUUGAAGACACUGAUGGGUUUUUUCUCUUUUAUGUUAUCUUCAGGGAGUAGUUAAUCCGCAUUAGUUCUGCCCGGUUCGUGUUAUCAUGAAAUGUGUUUGCUGAAAAUCUGCCUUUUUUAGCGAGGACUGACUGAUGCAGUAGACGACGCUGAACAAGCAAAGACGUUUCUUUCGAUGUUUCUGUUUCACUCUACAUCAGAAUGGAAAGGUGUUACGGAUUGUUGUGAUUUUUUUUUUUUCCUGUAACUGAAAGAGGAGCUGAACCAAAAGUUUGUUUCCUGCAAACACUGAACGCUGAGCCAAAUCAGACAUUUGUGACGCACUCUCUGGUCUUCGCAGCCCCACGCUCAUAUUUAACUACUCCCUGUCCUUAUUGAGAACAAGUUUCAUUUGUUUGGUUUCUUUUUGGAUAAUUUAUUCUAAUUUAUUUUUGUGUAUAUUUGCUCAGUGCUACUGUAUAGAUGCUAUCUCAGUGUGUACAGUCCUUUUCUUCUCAUUGUUGACAUGCAUCCAGUUGUGUGUUUGAUGCCUGUGUGUGCGGGGAGGUUGGACUAAAGCCAUGUGCCUCGUGCAUUCCUCACACAAACGCUGUGUGAGCCUUUUUACAAAUCACAAUGAAAAUAACAGACAAUCAAAUGUACAAAAUGUGCCUUGUGAGUAAACAGACCUGUCGCAUUAUCAUCAUCAUGAACACUUGGCAUAAACCUCCUAAAGUCACUGGUCACAGCUCUUGUUUCACUCAGGCUCUGUGAGGUCAACAGAAUAUAUAUAUAUUAAAAAAAAAAGUCAGCUUGAUUUCUCACAUCAGCUCACGAGGCACAGGCUCAACCUUUGACAUCUCUCAGCACCGACGGCGAAUAUCACCACGCCGAUCUUUCUUACUAUCAGAAACGACUGUUUGCAAUCAAUGUGCACUGAAAAAAGAAAAAAAGCAACAAUUUUUUUUAAACCUGUAUACUGUAUUUUGCGCCUCUCUCUUUCUACUCCUGUGCUGAACUUCCCGUUUUAGAUUCCUGAGUCCUUUUGAGAUCUGUAAUAUGCUGGAUCGGCCCGGCCCGGCUGGGUUUUGUGCUUUAUUAUCUACAAUCUAGUAGGGCUGCGGGUUUACAUUUGAAGAAAGAAUGAGCCACCAUGGUGCCCAGUAUUAUUCCUAUGUGAGAUGGGUUGAAGCCUGUCGAUAACAACUACUUUUUUGCAACCCUGACUCAAGCGAGAGAUUUUUAAUUCAUUUAAACCUUCAGUGUCUUUAAUAUCAAAUUUUUUCAAUCAGUUUUUUGAGUAUCCGAGGAGGAGUGCAUCUUUACUGUCAAGUGCUGUGAUUUGGUGUUUUUAUACAUCUGACAUGAAUUUGACACAGCGAUCAUCGCUUUCUUUAUAAAAUUUUUAACAAAAAUUUUCCAUAUCUUUUUUGUAAGAAUACGAUGAAAGGCAAUGACAACACCUUUUGGCUUUUCUAUGAUUGCUUUUUUUCAAUGUUGUGGCAUUUUAAAUCUUUGGAUAUUGCCAAGUCUGCUGUGUCACUCUCAGUUCAAGGGCUUUUUUUGGAUAUAUGUAAAUGGAGUAAAAAUGCAUGUCCAACAUUCCUUGAAAAAAAUCUGUAUCUUAAGGGUUUGAAUGUAAUUUAAUGGAGUGAAAACCACAAUAUCUCUUUUAACACAUGAACUGAACAGUGGAACUUCUUUCAGACUCUCGUGCUGUUUGUCUGCGCGGGGAGUUUGUAUCGUCUUCACAUUGCUUUUUCUUACGUUCAGAGUGGUCUCAAGGAUUUCAUGCUCAUGUGUCCUCUAUGAAGUGAGACCCAGGCCAGAUGUAGCAGUUUUUUUCUUUUUUUUGUUCAAGCAUUGGCUGUGUUAUUGUUGGGACUGCUCUGUGUGUUUUGCACAGUUUUUUAAACAGUGCAGAUCAUGGAGCAAUGGAGGGAACAGAGGAGGACAGGGGAUGUUUGUUCUUUUUCUAGUGCAAUAUGCUGUACAUAAAGAGCUUGGCUCUCCAAAUCUUACAAUUUCUCUUAAUUUUUUUUCUUUAUUUUUUGUUUUGUUGUUCAAUGGGUACAUUGCUGUUUUUUUCAUUAAAAUUCUAUGGACAAUUGAAAUGGCUGUUGUUUCAUUUUCUUCCUAUUAAGGACAGACUGGUUGCAGCACAAAAUCUUCACUCUAACUGACUCAUGGUUUACUGGUUUUUGAUGAACAUACCUUCUUGAUUAUCUUAUAACCCUGCUGUCUUUUAUACUUAACCAACAGUGUGUUAUUGCUCACCAACCAAGUGUCAUGAGAGAGACCCUAAUCCCAAACAUCAAAUCAGAUCAAUCUGUGGUCAAAAGAGUUUUGUAGAUUUCACCUCUGCCUGUUGACACCGUGGCAGAAAAACAUUUGUUUAUCUCAGCAUGCUAAAUCAGUAACCAACAUGAAGGGAAUUAUUGAAGUUACAUUUGAUGUAUUUGGAGAGCACACACAUUUGGAGGAUGGGUAGGGUGACCAAUCAUCAACAAAUAGAAAGAAAUUGAGUGUAGUGUUAGUUCAGACAUGUCACAAGUCAAGGUCAUGCCAGUACACCAGCUGAUCCUUCCCGGGCUCUCCCUGCCUUGGCUUCAUGUACACAUGAGGCAAAGGGGAGGUGUGCUUUCCCCACCGCAGGCUUACACAUUCACAUGUGGAAUCAAGCUAUACCACCACAUAUAACUGUAGCAUGUGGAUAAUUCAAUGAGAGAAAACUGAAAUAAGGAAAACAGCACAGAAACAGGCAAAGAGGAUCAAGGUGUCAAAUUAAUGAGACAUCAAUAAAAUUGAAAAAGUUAGACAGUAAAGAUACAAAACAUUAGAAAUGCCACAUUGGAAAUGCUCAACCCAACUUAAGGCAGCGAUAAGGCGGGUCUUUGCCUCCUUGGAAACGGCUAUGGUGCACCUGCUCAUCAGCCAUGCCUCUGAUUUGCCAAACUUGUAAAUAUGACAUCUUAAACAAAAUAUCCACUUCCGGUACAUUAUGUGCCAAAAGAGAACUGUGCUGUAGCCAAGUUGGUUUUUGCUGUUUGCAAGGAGUGUGUAUGUGAUUUCUGGUACUUCUAGCUGUCACAUGGGUAACAGCAGUUUCUCGCAUUUCCACUCUGGCUACAUCUCUCUAGACCAGACACUGCCAUUUGUAUGAAAAAUGAAGAAAACUACCAGCAGCUGGGUACAACACAGUCCAAGUCAUGGAUUUUGACCAAAAUCCUUCCUUUGAAAAGUGCCAGUCACAGAUUUGGAUUUUGGGUUGGUUAAUCAGAUUUCAGUUGGGGCCAGUGCCACUUGGGACCACCCCUCUGCCCAGCUCUGCUUUAUGCUAUGGUCCUACUCAUCCUGUUGGAAUUGCAACCCUCUCAAAUCAAAUCACCAGCCCACUAUACAUGAUCUGGUAGUUGAUUAGAAAAUUAUCUUGGCUAGUUUGCACUCUCAGGUCUACUUUCUGGUUUAGAAACUAGAAAUCCUCUGAGAUAUCACAAAAAGCUCAAAUUCAGGUAUUCAGCUAAAAACAGUGUGAUAAUGGUAAGGAUUAUGAAAUAAUUUAAAAUUCACAAAUGACAAUGGUAGGAAAAAGGUUCUCUCAACUAAUUUUGUCAUAAUAAUACUCAAAUAAUACUCAAUCAUUUUAAAGCUCCUGUCAGGAGAUCUUUGCUGAUUCUUAAAUGGACUAAAAUUAUCUACAGUUAGACUGAUAUGAGCUGAAAAAAUUUGAUUUGUUACAACAUCAUCAUCAAGGUAUAUUAUUCCUCUUCUAUAGCUUUAAAUGCCUGAAAUUACUGCCACACUGUCAGUUAAUGAAGUGAUUUACUAAAAAGUACCAGAAGAGUCUUUGUUUACAUUUCUGACUGCAAAAGGUUGUCAAUGAAUGAAACAUUUGAUUAUUAAAAGACAGCAGGAGGAAUUUCUCAUCCAAAAACACCUUACACAAGUUCAGGACAAGAUCAAUACAUAGAUAAUGAGGUAUGGCUAUAGAAUAUAUAGAUAGACUGGACGCCGUCUGCCUCCUCACUGGGUGAAGCCACUGCGAGAACAGCACAUCCUGAAGACGGGCUGCCAUAUGGGUCAUAAAUCCCGCCUCCUUCAGCAAUCCCUAUGCAGCUGUGGACAAAAUUUAGAAUUAAUUAAACAGAAUAUAGAUUUUUCUCCCCCCUGGUUGCGAUGUUGACAUGUAGUUACUGUAAGACUGGUUUGUGCUCAAGUCCUCUUUUUUCUGUACAGCUCAAUUUUUGAAAGUUAUUGGGGGUUUGUGUUUUCUAUGAUUGACACUUAAUACAGCCUAUGGGUGUACGAAGAUUGCGUAGCUCACCCGGGGGAUACGCUGGUUGAGCCGAGCGUCACCACAGCGACUCUGCUGCCGCAUGCGUACAACGCUUUUGUGCAAGUGGUGGUUCCAGGAAGUGGAGAAAAUCCUGGAAAUACCGAGGCUACAAAUUCAUAUAACGACGGAAGGCAGAACCAAGUUGUCCAUAGUACAUACAGUCUAUGGGUAUGAGUUUGUCUACAACACAAAGCAAAAUUUUCCAACUGUAGCUUUAGAUUAUUUGAUUUUUUGAUUAAACAUCCAGUGAAAGAUAACCGAGUCUGCAGCCAUGCAAGCAAUUCUGAUGGAUGUAUUUUGGCACAGCUGUGCUUUGUGUGAAAGCAAACACACUUAAGAGUCAACAUGCAAAGAGACACAACAGCAGCAGAGGGUAUUAGGGAUGUCAUCAUCAAAUUAUUGGAGCAAAUAGAAUUUAACCCAAUUAGGAGUGAAGAUCUUGUUGAAUGUUAACUGAGAGGGUGUGAUGACUGUGUUUGCAAGCUUUUAAAGCAAAAGCAUCAUUGUUGCACUGAAUACUGAAUUACAGAAGAAGUCAGGCUCACCUCUGGAAAACAAUGGUGUUUGUGCAGCUUUACCUUGAGUGAUCUUUACAUUUUCAGGUCAUUCUGCAGAGGUGAAAGGGUUGAAAACACUGUGCCCUCCAUGGAGAUGCUACCACAGCUGAAAAAAAGAAAAAAAAAUCACAUGAGAUGGAUUUAGUCAUGUGUGCGACAAUCCCAAGAGUCAGCCCCUUCAUAAAAAACUCUCCUAUGACUAAAGUAGUGAAAUAUCCUGCUGGAAGUCCCUGAAAAUGUAAUUUAGCAUGAACAGUAAAAAGCUUUUCAUAAACCCUGGAGGCAAUAUUGACACUCAACACCUAUUUUUUUAACAUGCUCUUGUUGCCUCUGGUGGGUAAAGGUGGUACCUUACAUAAACUAUGAAUCAUUCCUCUGUCACUGUGUUUCUAAAGUAAUCCCCCUCCGGCAGCUGAUUUGAGUCAACAGGGCAGCGAGAGAGGGGUUAAAGUAGCCUAUUUAUGCGCCGUAUGUGCCGUGACACAUUGCUUCAAGGAAAAUAGAAAACUCAUGUUUACAGAGAAGAAGGUCUGACCUGAAUCUGAUAAAGAUGAGCACGUUAGGAUGUGUUGUGCUGCAGGGUGUUAUCAGUUUAUAUAUUAAUGUUUCCAAAGCUGUUACAAGCUCUGGGGCACUUUUCUGUUGUUAAACUGACACAUACAUCACACACUUGUUUCUGCUGCUGCAAACAGCAUGUUAAGGUAAAUGUAUGUUUAAACAAAUCAGUUGCAGACAGGUCGCCUGCUCUGAAUUAGCAAGUUUGGAUUAUCUGUCAUGUUUAGAAAUAAUGCCAUAUUGUUGGUAUUCAGACGACACUGCUUUGCACAUUUGCAUUUACCGAGAAGCUGAUGGUUUCUUCUUUCUCUGUAAAGGUGUCACAUUUUUUAAAGGUGUCACACUUCAACAGGCUUCAGCUUUUUUGUGCAAGCUAACAAACUUUUCGCAGCAGGUUAUUCUGAAGUUACAGAUGUAUCCCAUAAUGCACUGCUUGCAUGUUCAGAGUUCGAACCACAGAAAAGCCUGCAUCUCCCUCUUUAACCUCCAAGCAGCUGAAGAGAAAACCUUAAUCCCAAGAGACCACUGGUAAACACAGAACAAGUGUGUGUGUGAGUGAGCGAGUAAGUGAGUGAGUGAGUGAGCGUUUGUGUGUGUCUGCAGGGAGAAAAGAAAUAAAUGAAGGGGUGGGAGGAGAAGAGAGGAGAGGAGGAGAAGAGGGCUGAGGGGGAUGGGGGUGGCGAGGGUUUGCUUGGCUCAGCAGUUUUUCGCACACAGCCCUCACAAAGGCCUCUGUGUUCUCCUGGUCCAGUCUCCCAAAGAGACGCCCUCAUGAUAGCCCGCUGCCUAUCUCGAGGGUCACGCCCUGACUUCACUGCAGAGAGAAGCUCCAGUGGUUGACUUUUUUCGUGCCUCUACAUCUCCCUGUCUGCCUAAGAGUGCCGCAAAUUAACCCUUUAGUGUCAGACUGUAGACUCUGUGGUGAUAUGCAGCUUGAAGGAAAGUCUGGGAGUUUGUUUUGGGGACUUGUCGUGUAAUAAUGUUCACAUGCAAGAUUUUUUGUAUUGUUUCUUUGAUUUCAUCAGAUUGCUGGACAAAAUCUUGUGAAUUUAUACCUGCUGCCUCAUUUUUCAUUCCUUAUAUCUUCAUUUGUAGAUAACUGUUUUGUCCUGUUGCUGUCAGAUCAUAUUUAAUAAG